CGUUCCUUCAACUUGCAACCGCCUAUAAAGGAGGCUCGGACCCCAAUGGUCAUUCGAGCGACAUUUCCACGCUGACGCCAUCUCUGCUCUCAUGGAUGUGCAACAUUCGGGAGGCGAGGGAGACACUGGAGGUUUGGACAAAGUGAAAGCACUGACGGAAAAGUUGAAGUUAGAGACCCGCAGGCCGUCUUAUCUCGAGUGGCAGGAGCGGCUCCAUAGUGGACCGUGGAAGGGCAAAGACCCACCGAAGUGUGACGACCAAACCCAAGCAUCAGCGAGCGAGUGUCCACAAGUGGUGCCCACCAUCUGUGGCUUUGACUCUCUUGACGACGCUUUGGAGUUUCUCAGGCAAGAGUUGAGGGAAAUGCAAGUUCAGGACAACCAUCUGGCCCGUCAGCUGAUCCGCCUGCGCGGGGAGAUCCACAAACUGAAAGUGGAGCAGGUGUGUGAGCGCCACAAGGAGAUGCUGGACAACGCCACGUACGAGCUGGAGGAGUGCGACGAGGAUUCCGAUCUGCUGUGCGACAUCCCCAUGAAGGCCACCUUCGCACUGUCCACCCCUCUCAAGCACUUGGGCCUCACUAAGAUGAACAUCAACUCCAGACGUUUCUCACUAUGCUAAAACUUGAAAGCGCCAAAUGUUGAGUCCAUAUUUACUCAAUGGGAGGUCUGCACCAUGUCAACAAAGAUAAGCUGCAAGCUAUUUGCAGAAUGCAUGGUGGCGUGUUGUACGUGGGGAGUAUACACCAGCAGAAAACAGCUUAAAUAGUAUGAGGUCAUAUAUAGUAUUUGAUUUCAGGACCACUGCUUUAGGAGACGCACCUGCACAAUCUCUAUGCAAGACGAGCUGUGACAAAGAUUAUAUUCCCAAUGCUGUCACCACUAGGCUAUACCCUUUAUUAGCUUUAUUUGUCUAGACCAGGGGUCACCAACCUUUUUGAAACCAGGAGCUACUUCUUGGGUACUGAUUAAUGCGAAGGGCUAACAGUUUGAUACACACUUUAAUAAAUUGCCAGAAAUAGCCAAUUUGCUCAAUUUACCUUAACUAAAUAAAUCUAUAUAUAUUAAAAAAAAUGGAUAUUUCUGUCUGUCAUUCCGUUGUACAUUUUUUUUCCUUUUACGGAAGUUUUUUUGUAGAGAAGAAAUGAUAAAAAAAAAAACACUUAAUAGAACGAUUUAAAAGAGGAGAAAACACGCAAAAAAUGAAAAUACAAUUUUUAAACAUAGUUUAUCUUCAAUUUCGACUCUUUAAAAUUCAAAAUUCAACCGAAAAAAAUGAAUAGAAAACUAGCUAAUUUGAAUAUUUUAGAAAAAGUAAAAAAAGAAUUUAUGGAACAUCAUUAGUAAUUUUUUCUGAUUAAGAUUAAUUUUGGAAUUCUGAUGACAUGUUUUCAAUAGGUUAAAAUCCAAUCUGCACCGUGUUAAAAUAUAUAACGAUUUGGACCAAUCUAUAUUUCUAACAAAGACAAAUCAUUAUUUCUUGUAGAUUUUCCAGAACAAAAAUGUUAAAAGAAAUUCAAAAGACUUUGAAAUAAGAUUUAAAUUUGAUUCUACAGAUUUUCUAGAUUUGCCAGAAUAAUUUUUGGGAAUUUUAAUCAUAAGAAGUUUGAAGAAAUAUUUCACACAUAUUUUUCGUCGAAAAAAACCGAAGCUAAAAUGAAGAAUUAAAUCAAAAUGUAUUUAUUAUUCUUUACAAUUAAGAAAAUACUUGAACAUUGAUUUAUAUUGUCAGGAAAGAAGAGGAAGGAAUUUAAAAGGUAAAAAGGUAUAUGUGUUUAAAGAUCAUUUUUAAGGUUGUAUUUUUUCUCUAAAAUUGUCUUUCUGAAAGUUAUAAGAAGCAAAGUUAAAAAAAAAAAAGGAAUUUAUUCAUACAAAUGAAGACAGAAUCUUUAAAAUAUUUUUUGGGUUUUUCUAAUUCUAUUUGAGUUUUGUCUCUCUUUGAAUUAAAAAUGUCGAGCAAAGCGAGACCAGCUUGCUAGUAAAUAAAUACAAUUUAAAAAAUAGAGGCAGCUCACUGGUAAGUGCUGCUAUUUGAGCUAUUUUUAGAACAGGCCAGCGGGCGACUCAUCUGGUCCUUACGGGCUACCUGGUGCCCGCGGGCACCGCGUUGGUGACCCCUGCUCUAGAUUAAUUUAAAUUGGAGGAGACAGAUGGUGCUGUACAAUCAGAUUAGUAAUGUAUUGCUUAAACCUCAAUGUUGUGUGUGAAUUUAUAGUCUUAUCACCUUACACCUCAUUUUAACACCUUCUGUUCACCAAGCCUACGCACAUACAGUAUCACCACCACCGUAAUGGGAGUCAGGAGGCAGGUCUUUAUGUUGUUGUGUUUUCCAUUACAUUACACACGAGCUGCUGACUGCUGUUCUAAGCCUUGUGGCUGCAAAGGGAAGACUAUAGCUCAGCCACAAGAGUUAUCAGUAGCUUUUUCUGAAGAUGCACAUUUUCUGUUGGGUUGUUACAAACAAUGUAUCUAUAGUUUGCAUAACGGCAAAAAAAAAAAAAAAAAGCCUUGAGAUGUACAUUUUCAUUGCAACUCAAUAUUAAAGACUUACAUUUUAAUGGAGAAAACUUCCAGUGUUCAUGUUUAUGCUCCAAUUUGAAUUUUUUGAGAUUUGAUAUUAUGCAAAUUCUUAACUGUUCUCACCUGUUGUGUAAUUCAGUGGUUCUCAAAUGGGGGUACUUAAAGGUAUGCCAAGGGGUACGUGAGAUUUUUUUAAAUAUUCUAAAAAUAGCAACAAUUCAAAGAUCCUUUAUAAAUAUAUUUAUUGAAUAAUACUUCAACUAAAUAUGAACGUAAAGAAAAUAAAUACAAGAAUGCAAUAUUCAGUGUUGACAGCUAAAUUUUUUGUGGACAUGUUCCAUAAAUAUUUAUGUUAAAGAUUUUUUUUUUUUUGUGAAGAAAUGUUUGGAAUUAAGUUCAUGAAUCGAGAUGGAUCUUUAUUACAAUCCCAAAAGAGGGCACUUUAAGUUGAUGAUUACUUCUAUGUGUAGAAAUCUUUAUUUAUAAUUGAAUCACUUGUUUAUUUUUCAACAAGUUUUUAGUUAUUUGUAUAUCUUUUUUUCCAAAUAGUUCAAGAAAGACCACUACAAAUGAGCAAUAUUUUGCACUGUUAUACAAUUUAAUAAAUCAGAAAAUGAUGACA